UAAAAAAGCGGAAACUGGGAGAGAACCUGAGUUGGUAUGGCGGCGAAGGAGAUCGCCGGCGGGAGCGGUUCUAUUGACGACGGAUCCAAUUUUGAUCCAUGUCCUAUUUGCCUUGGACCAUUCCUCCAUGAUUCCUACCUUGAUACCUGUUUCCACAAGUUUUGUUUCAGUUGUAUCAAACAAUGGAUCAAAGUUGUUUCAAGCAAGGCCUCGAAGCAACUUUCCUCAGUGAAAUGUCCUCUCUGUAAGACAGAGAAUUUCUCCAUCAUCCACAACUACGAUGGGUGUUCUUUUGAGCGGCAUUAUAUCAACCGGAAUAUUCCAGAUGGUUUUGUAUUAACAAAAGAACAGAGAUACAGGUUGCAGUGUUACUACACCGAAUCAGGUUUCUUGGCUGAUGUAUUUGAUGUUGCACGGUUUUGGAAGCUGCAAAAGUUUCUCCAGCCAAACCGGUGCCUUGAAGCCUGGUUGAGGAGGGAGCUUCAAGCUCUAAUGCAGGAGGAAGAUGUUGAUAUUGUUAUGCAUCAUUUAGUCGGUGUGAUGGAUUCCUUCUGCAAAAGAAUCAAACAGAGACGCAAACAAGAAGCAAGAAGUGCAGAGACAACAAAUCAAGAACAAUUCAAAGCAGCUGUCUCAGAAGCAGCACGUCCAUUUGUAAUGGCGAGAACAGACCGGUUUGUGGAUGAGCUCGAACUCUUCCUAGCAGUGGGACUGAACAUGGAGGCUUAUGAUGCAAUCUAUAAGCAGCGAUUAGGCUGGAACAACCGAAGAGAGAUCGGUGCAGCUAGUGAAGAAAGAGAAGAAGUGGAGGAACAUAAUGUAAGAACAAGAGUGACUCCUUAUUUGUUUAUCUUCGAGGAAGACUCAGACUGAGACAAAACACUUAUCACUUCUGUACCAUGUAAAGAAACUCAACUUCUUGUG